CAUCCCGCCCCGCAAAGUGAAGGAAAGAUUGUGUUGAUGGAUGGCAGUACAGGCUGCCGCUCAGGCCUACCUGGGACUCUAGUGGUGGUGGUGGUGGGGGUGGUAGUGGCAGCGGCGGUAACACCGUGAUCCGCUCAAGACAGUGACUUAAGAAAAAAAAAAAAAGAGUGAUCGCCUUAACUUUCUCUCCUUUCUCUCCUUUCCCUCCUUCCUUCCCUCCUUCCUUCCUUCCCUCCUUCCCUCCUUCCCUCCUUCCCGCGGCACUUCCCAAAACAACGCCAGGCCUUGAGGAAUAAAGAAAAAGAAGAGGAAAAAAAGAAGACGAGAGGGAAAAUAAAGAAGAAAGGAAACAGUUUUGACUCUGACGGAGGAAACUCGCCGAGGGACACACAAGUUGCAGGACCUGACCCCCUCCUUGACUGCCUGACGGUGCGUGAAGGGAGCAGCGGAUCAUGUAGCUACGGGGGCCAACCAGGAGGGCAGGAGGCGAGGACACAAGCCGCUGUACUACUGAAGAAGCCGCAGGAUGGCCUUUGAAAACCUGAGUCAACACUAGGGCCCUAUUGAGAAAGUCUUUGCUCUCUCACCACCGCUUUUUUCCAAGGCCACCGAGAUGACUAGCGAGGUUUUCAAGAGUGUUUCUCCAGUUGAUAAUGCAGAAAUAUUGUCAUUCUCUCUAUAGAACCAUAAAAACAUCCUUAAAAACCCUUGUAUUGUUUUAAAAAAGGGCCUGUAUUAAAAAGCGCUUUGUUCUCUUGCCAUGACUACUUUCCAAGGCCACAGGAUGACUAGCGAGGUUUUCAAGAGUGUUUCUCUAGUCAUUAAUGCAGAAAUAUUAUCAUUCUGCCUGUAGAAAAGUAAAAAACACAUUAAAAACUCGUUUCAAUUGAAGUAAAGCCCUUUGAAACAGUGUAGGUGAAGUACAGAAGUGUUUGAGGAUACGACCCUUACCAUCUCGAGACAGUGUGAAGUGUCUGCGUGGGUGUCCAUCGCACUUACCAACAGUUUUAAGCCUCCCUGUCAUCCUUAUGCCCCUGGAGCGGUGAGGGGAAGGUGCAGCGUCCCGGGAUGGCGUGAGGGACAGGCCCACAGCAGCAGCAACACGCCCCUGUGCCGCGGAAGGAGUAAGGCGCGGAGAACCAUGGUUGGGCCUUCGCCAUGGGAUGUGGACGGAGCAGCCUUGCCAGUGAUAGUCCAAAGAAGAAGAAGAAGAGCGAAGGCGACUCGGAGUGUGACAGCGACGGAGACUCCACCAGCAGUGGCGGCGGCGGCGGCGGAGGGGGCUCUAGCAGGAAGCAGCAGCAGCUGAGCAACAAGUUGGUGGCCCUGGGUGGCGGGGGUCCCUUGCUGGCCCAGGCGAAAAUCUCAGAAAGCCAACAAGACUUCUUUAUGAUGCUCGAUGAGAAGAUAGAAAACGGUCCCGAUUACGACUCGGAGACAGAGGAGGCGGAGAGACGGCGGCGGCUGCAGGAGUGUGCCCAGCAGUGGGGAGGGACUCUAAGCAGUAGCCAGGCCGCCAGUCCCAGCAAUGACAUCCCUGUUAGACUCCCUGACGAGGACACUGGUGGCUCAGGGGACAUAACUGAGGAUGACGAGGAGGAGGAAGAGCCUGGCCGCAUCCCAGAUGAGGCGGUGAAGGAGCAGUACAUGUUUAUGGGCAACCUGUACACGCUCACCCACAUCCGUACUGACUCGGACAAGACGGAGCCGAAGGUGGAUGUGGUGACAGUACCCCAGGAGGAAGCAGGAGAGGACACAGGCGGCGGGGAGGCGGAGCUGGGGCACAAACUCAAUGGCUCAGCUGUGCAGGAAGGGAACGGGGUUUCUGAAGGUGAAGAAGUGACGGACGGAAAACCACAGACUAAAACUUCCCCGAGAUCAACCUCCAGACCGGCUUCCCUUAUACUUAAGUCAGUUUUCCCCUCAGAUACUUUACAAGAAUGACCUUCCCCUAUUAGGUAACGGGUCAGCCUGAAUGUUUCCUGCAGUAGAGGCUCUGUGCGUGUGUCUGGCUGGUGUGUGUACCCACCCACCCACUACCCUCCGCCAGUGAAUCCCCAGUUUGUUUACCGCUGUUUGUGGAAAGAAAGGUGUUCUGGGUAUUUUUAGAUAGUUCCAAGGCACACCAUGUUACUAGAACACUAUGGAGGGAUGUAUCUAGGUAAUGUAUAUGUGCCCCAGCCAGCAGAACUGUGAAAAAUGUGCUGUAGGAUUGCUUUUGAUCUUGGUGGCAGAGACGACAGAGCCUUUGGAACAGCAAUGUGUUCGUGGAGUUACUGAUGAAGACUUUUGGGACUUUCUGGGUGCGUGUGGCGGCUUUCCAGUGCCCACAUCGUGUAUCCGGCCUGAUCCACCCCAUAAGAACCGAUGAGUGACGUUUCGAAGCCAAAACCUCGACCAAGGAUGCCAAAAUGCACCGAGGAAUGAGUUGCUGGUAAGACGCCAACACUGACAGAAUCAUGUCUCACUGACAGGCUGAGCUCAUUUUUCUGGGUUGUAUUCAUUUUCCCUCAUCAUCGUCGCCAUUUAUUUUGAUUUCACUUAGCCUACCUUUACGUAACUGCCAUGUACAAUCUCUCUCAUCCUAUGAAGAAUACUGGUAAAGAACACUGAUUUACGGCUGAAAAAUAAUGUUACUAACGUAGAUUUUCGGAAAGCCGCGUCAAAUGGCAGUCGAGCGGAGCGAGAUUUGUCAUUAUUGUGUCAUGAUUUCCUCCUGUCUUCCCUCGCCUCCAGUCAUUGCCUCUUACACAUUAUGACAAGAUGACACCUGGCACAUGAGAAACUUACAAAAACUUACAUUAUGCUACUAAAACAACAGUAAAUAAACAAAACUUCUAAGGUCCCACAUACAUACUCGUAAACUCUUUGUGUGAGUAGUGUCUUUCUUAUUUCUAUACUCAAAACACCUUAUUAAGACCACCAUCACCACAACCCUCACCAUUAACACCCAACAUCACGACCUCAAUGCUGUUAAGACCACCACAACCCUCACCACUGACACCCACUACCACCACCGCCUGAGUGCUGUGCUGUGGUGUGCUGCAGGCGCAGGGCGCUGGCUGGCACUCCCGUGGUUUCAUAUGCUCGCUAUUGUGUUCAGAGGAGUAUUUUUGUCACAUAGUAUUUGUAAUGUGAUUGGUAUUGUGUUGAGUUACUUUUCAGUGUGUGGUGACUGAUGGUAAAUGAGGAAAGAGAGGCUGCAUCUAAAGUCACAAUGUAGAAAAUAAUAAGGGAAUGUUGUAGUGGAUCUGUAGUGGUAUGAGAGAGAGAGAGAGAGAGAGAGAGAGAGUGAGUUCAAUAAUAAAGUGGUGCAAAAUACAUAUACCUACUCAAAUGUAAUCAUAUAAUUUGUGUGGAUAGACAAUGAGACAGACAGGUAGAGAACAAAUUAUGAACAUACAAACAGACGGGCAGACAAGCACAGAAAAAGUUUGCAAUACUUCUCAAGAUCUUAAUGAGCUAACCAACAAUUUAAUAGGUAUUGAGUUAUAUAUUUCCAGCAGAGAUGUUCUUAGAUAACUGGAUUAAUAAGCUUCUCUUCCUUACCUUUUUAAGGCCAUGUAAGUGCUACUGUGAGUCCUGUGUUUUGUGAUGUGGAAUAAGGAGUGUGAUGCCCUAAACUGUAUGUAAUGACUUGGAAGGAUGCAUUACAGAACAGGCAAUGGACAGGCGUGCUUACCAUCCAUACCACCAAUGCUCAACCUGUUUAUUUCACCGUCACUUGAUAAAUCAUUGCCCGAGUGCCUCCUGGGAAGAUGUGCAGUUAAGAUUGUGUGAUGGUGUCUUUGGCGUGAGCAGGUGUAAUGUGUUUUCAAAGGUACCAUCUACUCACUUGGUUCAUUCAUUAUUGUAUAUCACCUGAGAACACCUUGUCUUUUUUUUUUAUGUAAGAGGGGAAAUCUGGCUAAAAACAACAAAAAUAAUUAAACAAAAAGGCCCACUUAGAUGCCAGUUCUUGAGUAAGUCAGAGUUAGCCUAAAGAAUGGGAUAAAUGUCUUGAAACCUCCCUGUUUAAUAAGUUCAGAGCUUAUAGGUAGAUGGGAAUACAGAAGCAGGUAGUUAUGAGAUGGGGCACUGAAAGAACGGAGUAAAAAUGAGUUAAACUUGAAUUUGACAUUGACUGUACCAAUUAUUACAUACUGUCUUGGAACACCUUGAAGCAUUCCUUGGGUGUAGCAGUGGGAGGAGAGUGUGGUAGUGAGUAAUGCUUGUGAUCUGGAGCUGCAGGUUGUCCUUAGUGUUAUCUACUGCAUAAAACAUUCUUAAAAGACACUGAAUAACAGUCUACAUGCCCAGUAUUGUGUAUCACAUGAGAAUACCUUGCUGGGGCUGUCUUCAAGGUGAAUCACUUUAAGGUUGGAGUGUUAGUGAGUGAUGAGUGUUGUUGUAAGAGCUGUGAAGUCAUAAGAGGCUUUUCUUUAGCUGUGGGAGUGUGUUAUGAAGGCUUUAGGAGUUAUGGGAACCUUGUAAUGCCACUCUUGUUUUCAGUCUUGUUUCUUCAGGUUGGUUGGUCUGAUUAGGUUGUGGUUUUGUUCAUAUGUGGUGAGAAUGGUCAGGCAAGGUUCACUAUUACAGGUAUUUGUGUUAUGUGAUGAUGAUAUACUGUGUUUUGGUGAUAGUAAUGUGUUUGAUGAGAAGUAUGUAAUGUUAUGCCUGAUUCCUUUUUUUUUUUAUAAAUUUUUUUUGUUCAUGAAUAGCAUAUUUGUGCACCAUGCAGUAAGUGAAACCAUUUUUGUCAAGUAACUAGACUAUAACAGCAAAUAUUUCAUAGUGAGAUAAGGUGAAGUUUUUUCCUGUUUAUACACAAGUAUUUAUAUACUAUACCUAAUAUAGGAUUGUAUUUUAGUGUUGACGAAAAUACUGUUCAGCUAUUUUUAUCAAAUACUGAAUCAUAUGAUAAAGAUACUCAAUGGUGUCAAAAUAGAAGCAUUAUGUCAUUGCGGCUGGCGUGGCAGGUGAUAGCAGUGUGUAGAGGGCAAACCAGUCACACUGUCACUGUUCUGAGUGGAGAGGAAUAUGGGAAUGUGACAGAGCAGUGCUAGGAGACAACUCUCACUCUAACACACUUAGCCAAAGGUUCUUAGUGUGCCUUGCAGAAAGUAUAUUAAUAGUACCAAAACGAUACAUACAUACUACUACCAUACCUGAAGAUUGAUCAGUGAACAAGCUCAGAUGCACGUUUGUAGUUUUAAUUAUUAGUGUGCUUGGUGACGUGAACCACUGCGUAUGUUUGAGUCCUGAUUCUUUGUAGCACGGACACAUGUAUACACUAAUGUUAGUCAGUCUUUGUAAUGCCAACUUACAUUACUAGGAAUCAAAAAACUCUUAAGUAAAAGCUGCUCAUAUUACUCGAUAGAGAACUUGUAUGUAAUGAUGGUAUUGAUGCAGUAGUGAUGAUGGGGAUGCAAAAACAGUGCUGGUGGUGUGAGAGUUGCCACAGCAUGGGGAACUGUGCCAAAAUGCUGGGACCAAAAGAUGAAGGAUUGAAUACAGGCUGUGUGCUAUGCCAACUCAGGGCAGACAUACAUUGUAGCUACAUAACUCAGGAGUCAAGCCACGACCAGUGCAGGCUUUUCUUACGUAAUGACUAUUGUGUGCAGGAGACUGAGCUGAGGUGAGGGUAGGGAGUCUUUUCAGCUGAAUGACUUCAUGGAGUACUUGUGGCCAAUACUCAGAUAAUGCACUGCUCUCACUUCAACUGUGUACACCUGAGGCAUUUUGAUCUUUCAGUCUUAUUUUCUCUGAUCUGUUGGAAGUCUAUGAACUCAUGUUUUGUGAUGAGAUUGCCAGCAAAUCACUGGACUUAAGAUAGCACCACUCCUUAUUGAAGCUGCCUGUGUGGCUUUCAGAUUCUAUUUUGGCAUAGAUUGAGGUGAAAUAAAGUCAUGUCACAGAGAACUAGAUUACUUACUAGGAGUCACUGGAGCAUAUAGGAAGGUGAGGGAUGGAGUGGGUGUGAUGAGAUUGAAUCAGUCCUGAGUGGUCCUAUCAGUGAUGCGUCAAUGCCACACUUUGUCACUGAGGCUCAAAGUCUGUUCCUGUGAAAAGAAAGAAAAGAAAUGUAUUAUUUGGUUUGAAUGUUGAGGACACAGUACACAGAACACAGAUGAUACAUGUGAAGUGUAGGUGAUUAUUUGUGUGGUUGUAGCUUGGGUGGAAUCUGUCACUCAGCAGCCAUGUGGUGAGCCUUUGUUUUGCGAUUCAGUGCACGCUGAGUGAGCUGCUCUAUCAGGUCAUAGCCACAAACAUGUUAUACAAAAAAACGUUGAAAAUGUUGUAUUAAGAAGAAAGAAACAUAGAUAGAUUUUUCCCAUUUUGCCAUUUCAGAAACAGUUCUGAGAAAUGAAUUAGGUAUGUAAUGUCUUUUUUGACAGAAGCUUAAUGCCACUCAAUAUUGACUACUUUUGGUGCUAACAACUUGUACUUUGGGAUGCAGAGAUUUAAUUUAACUUGCAUGCCGAAACAAGUAGUGAGGGAAUAGCUUGAUUUGUUGUGCCACUUGUACAGCAACAGCAGUGACCAGUCAGGCUGCACCUGACACAGACAGGUACCGGAGAGAGACCGGCGGUGAUCAGUCAUUCACACCAUUACCACUGAGGACAUUCCUUGUGGCCAGUGGCAAAAAUGUUAAAAGUAUCAUUAAUCUUACUGAUCACAGUUAUGCAAUUCAUGUAAAAAUGUACAUAUGGCAUUCAUAUACAUAUAUAUAUAUAUAUAUAUAUAUAUAUAUAUAUAUAUAUAUAUAUAUAUAUAUAUAUAUAUAUAUAUUUAUUUGCUACUAGUCAAAUGGUAUGUAGAGCUACCUGUGGUCCUGGUGAAGGUCUGUGGGAGAGCUGCUUCUUCUGCUGCAUGCCAGGCAGGGCUAUUAAGCUCUGACCCUCACCGCCACCGACCAUCUGUUGGCUCCUCACUACACAACACAACACAACACACACAACACUGCUGCAACACUCAGCAGGCUGCUGCUUUGUGCUGUCUGUGGCAGACUAACCACCCAUCAUGUUAUUUGUGUGUUAUGUUUGGAAUAUGGCAAUAAAUACAUGUUCUUAUGUUUAGGAUGAUAGAUUACGAAGACUGACGCUGAUGACACUGAUGUUAGAAAAUCUUUGUAUUAUGUGUAAAACAGACUUACUCACCUGCCAAUGCCAAAAAAUGUUAGUGAGGCAGUAAAACACUGUAGUUGUGUAGAUCAGAGCCAAUAUUUAUGAAUUAGAAUUUCAUUAUAUAUAUAUAUAUAUAUAUAUAUAUAUAUAUAUAUAUAUAUAUAUAUAUAUAUAUAUAUAUAUAUAUAUAUAUAUGAUUAUUUCAGUAUAAUUAAGUUUGUAAUAUUUGAAAGUGUGAAUGGGUGGCCAGAGGGAGAGGUGGUGUGCUGAGUGACAUGCAGUGCCAAUGGUUGGUUUGUUUCCUCUUAAUGAUAAGUGUACUAGUAAUCUGAUCCUGAUUAAUGUUUUAUCCACAAUGUGAAGAAGAGUGUUAAAACUGUCUCUACAAUGCAAUUUAGCAAUUAAUGGAGUGUGAGUAUUCCGUGCAAGUGGCAACCUUCCCACACUUAGCACUGACCCUUGGCUUGUGGGGUGGGGAGGCAGGGAGCUCAGAGAGAGAGAGAGAGCUUCAAAAUGUACAUGUCCACAUCACUGACCAGCACCUCACCCUGACUCCCGGUGACAGACUGCUGAAGGUGACGCUCGGAAAACACAGCCUGGGUAGCGGUGCCAAGUGUGCCGUGGUGCAUGGUAAGCAGCAGCCGUAGGAACUGUUGAACUGAGAGGCUGACUGGGGAUGGUGUCAGUGAUUGUUGUGUUUAGUGGACCUUGGAUGCUUGGUGUCUGUCUGUCAUGGGGAGGCUUGUUGUGUUUGUGUGCUUGAGAGGACAACUUAGUUAAUGAUGGCUGUUUUGAGCUGUAUUUCCCAUCACUGUUGUUGAAAUGCACUUUUGAUAAUAUGUAAAGUUUUAGAGAUGUAAAGGUUAGCAAUAUAUAUAUAUAUAUAUAAAGAAUAGUCUAUCAGAAAUAGAUAUUUAUACGUGAAAGACUGCUGCAGGUCUUCAUAUCUGAAUCAUUCAAUACUUAGGCUGUAAAUACAUGGUCUCGUUGUGUUAGUGGAUGGUCAGACCUCCCUUGUCAUCUUCCCACAUCCUUGACACUCACGCGUCCCUGUGAGGCCAAUGAUGCGGCCACUGGAGCCAUCACUGCUGCACCGUCAUACUCUCCACAGCUCACCCUUGGGCCAUGAUGCAAGGGGUCGGCUCUGAGUGUAAGUGUGUGUGGCUGUGGUGUUGAUGGUGACAGUGUUGCUUGCAUGACGGCAGGCACAGGGUGAACAUGAAGUGUAUGGAUGUGAGUACAGGAGGAGGGAGGCCUGACAUCAGUCUUCUAGUGGGGCCUUAACCUUAACUGAGUCUGUCUUCAUCAUCCAGGGGCUAAAGAGGAGAAAACACAAGGGCUAAACCUGUGAUAUUUUGUUGUAAAGCAAGAUUUUGUCGUUUUGCUUUGGUUCAAUGCUGUUGCUGGAAGUUUUCACAAGUUCUCAUAUGUUGAUGAUGAGACAUAAACUGUGAGGACUGUCAGAGUGUGUGGUGACUGGUGGAGGGUUGGUCCUGUGACACACACACACACACACACACACACACCUUUGGUCUUUUGUCAUUGUUUUAGUUUUGAGGCCAGCCUCAGUGUCAGUGAUUUGUCUCAGCGCCUCACACUGUUCAAGGCCUAAAUUUCAUUGGCACACCCUCUCAACUAUCCACACCACACGGCUCUGUAGCAUUCUGUCUUGUCUGCACCAUUCACCUUCCAGGAUGCUGAGGCCCCUUUGGUUCAAGGUUUCCUCAUUUGGUGCAGGUGUGGCAGGUACGGAGGCCUGAGUUUGCUGUGGGUGGUGGCGAGGGGAGCUGUUCAUGAGCCAAACAUAGUGGAAGGCUUCUGGAGAACAAGGACUAAAUAAUGUUGGCUUGUACUGUAUUGUGCAUUGUGGUGAAGGAACACAUUGAAGCAGGAGGCCACAGACGUCUGCUCAAGGGAAAGGUUGAGGCGCGUUUUUACUUGGAGCUGAAGGUCUCAUUUGAUUAGCAGGUUGUUAGCUUUGUUAGUUAUCCAGUUAUGAAUUAGAUACACGUACUACACAGUCUAUUUUACUGGAAUUGAAAUGUUACUCGGCUUGUCCCAAAACCUCUUGAUAUAUGCCUUCAUUUGAGAGGCGUGUAUUACAGUAUAUAUUUUAUGAAACAUUGUUACCACUUACUGUGACAGAAUCUCCCAAGAAAUGUACAAUAAAGAAGAGCUAGAUUAUAAGUUUUUCCAAGAGAUGAGCUUUAUGUUAUGCUUAAUGAGAAAUUUAGUGAUAGAAAUGGCCUGGAUGAGACAAGAAGCUGCAUUCUAGAUCAGUGACUUUGAGGCAGAGCUGCAGAACAUGUGAGGGAGUGGAAGUGUAGAGGGAGUGUGGAGGUGACUGACUGCCUGUGGGUAAUGUGAGCUGUGAUGGAGGUGGUGAUGGUGGUGGUGGUGACAGUGUUGGAGUGAAUGUUGCAGGUUUAUUCAGCACAUUUUAAAACUACCUGAUGUUAUUUAUGGUUGUGGAAGUGAGGAUAUUGUUUAUUUUAGAGAGUAGUUUAUAAAUUGACUUGAGAAAGCUAUAUAUACAGUGUUCAGAUUAAUCCAUUUCUCUUAUUUUUGAGGAUAAGAAUAUGAAGUGCAAUAAUUAUGGAGUUGUUAUAUUUUUGCAGUCUUCAUUUAACAAAGACAUUUUAUUUCCUUGUAUCAAAAGUUAGAAUCAUUGAAGCAAACUUUAGGAGAGGAUGAAUAAAGAGGGAGUGGAAAGAGAAGAUAAGAGGAAGAGAAAAGAUAGAUGAGGAAGAGAACAAGGAGCAGGAGGGAAAGAUGAGAGGAAUAGAAAAAUGAAACAAGAGGAGAAAAAAAUGACAAGGGAAAGGGAAAAAAGAUUAAGUAGAAAAGAGGAUAAAAAUAGGAAAAUAAAAGAUGAGUAAGAGAAGAGAUAGAGAGGAAGAAAACAAAGAGCAGGAGGGAAAGAUGAGAGUAGAAAAAUUAAACAAGAGGAGAGAAGAUGACAAGAAGGGAAAGGAAAAAAAUAAGUAGAAAAGAGGAGAAAAAAAAAAUAUGAAGAGCAAGCAAUAGGAGAGGAGUAGAGGAGAUGGCUGCCCCUGUGUUGCCUCUAGUGUUGGGGUGACUCCCUUUAGCGUGUCACACCAGACACUCCAGACCUUCCUUCCCUUCACCCUCAUCAGCUCUGUCCUUGUUUGGGGCUUUGUGUUAUGUAAAGUUUCCUAAAAACAGGUGAAUCAGCUGCAAAUUGCUGUUAUUGUCUUAUGUAAUAUAAAUUUUCAUAACCGUAUAA